UGCUUAGAGGGAUUUGUGUUUACAUGUGUCCUGCGGCAGCUGUGCUAUAUUUUCUGUCUCUUUGUACUUAGAAUAAUCCAACAUCCACUAUUAUGUAACAUCGCUGCUGAAUACAGAUAUUUAUAAUCUGAACAUGCUGGAGUUAUGACAUCAGCUGGCUGCCGACCGUGACAAGCAUUUGGGGGAGCAUGAAAAUCACUUGGUCAUGAGUACAAUGGGUUGUCAGAAGACUUGCAAGGUAGAAAAGCUACUGAAACAGACUCAAAGGGAUCUAGUAUGGAGCCAGAGACAGAGGAUAACUACACCAAAGAGGAACAGCCAUAAGGUGAGAAAUGAGGUUCUACCCUUGCAAUUGCCACACAGACGAGAUCUGGAAAGCUCCCUUCUUUUAGAGGACUGCAGACUUAACAGAGACACUUGGAGCCAUCAAAACCGAAAACAGAAGUUACUGGAGACUGAGAUCAGCACCAAGAAGAAGGAGUGUGAGGCCCUCGAAGCAGAGGUGAAGAAAAAGAAUCAAACAUGUCAGACUUUGGAGAAUGAGCUCCAGGAUUUUCUCCAUGAAAACAAGCACUUGAAUCUGCAGUUGUUCAACAGUAGCUACAAGACGUCUGAAUAUGAGAGGGUGAAAUGUGAGUAUGCCCUGCUCAAAGACAGACUGUGUGCUGUGACGCAGGAGAGAGAUUUAGCUGUGUGGGAGAGGAACCAGCUCCAAGGCAAACUGGAGAACCUAGAGCAGGUGCUUAAGCAUAUGCGAGAGGCUGCAGAGCGGAGGCAGCAGCUAGAGUUGGAGCAUGAGCAGGCAUUGGCUGUACUCAAUGCAAAGCAGCAGGAGAUUGACCUGCUUCAAAAGGCACAGGUUGAGGCUAAAAAGGAACAUGAGGGCGCUGUCCAUCUUUUAGAGGCCAAGGUCCGGGACCUGGAGGAAAAAUGCCGGAGCCAGAGCGAGCAGUUCAAUCUUUUAUCAAAAGAGCUCGAGAGGUUUCGGCUGCAGGCGGGGAAGUUUGAUAUCCUCAGCACCGAACCAGUAACUGUGUGUGAAUCACCCGGCUCGCCCCACAAGUCCCUGUCCCAGCUGCUAAAUGGAUUGGCUGCCCCCACAGGAAAAGGAAAUGAGGUCCCCUCAACCAGGUCUUUAAUAUCGGAGUUUAUUCGGCCUCUGCAGUUGAGUGGAGACAAGCCUGAUCUCCUCUCUGUCAAACCAACAUUCCUCACCCGGACAGGCAGCAGCUCUGCGCGGGCGUUCCUUUCUGAGAUGGAGAAAGAGCUUGGAUCAACCACCAGGUCCAAGCUCAGAUACACAGGGAAAGUUCGUCUGUGCAUUGCCCGCUAUAGCUAUAAUCCCUAUGAUGGGCCCAAUGAACACCCUGAAGCUGAGCUCCCCCUGGUGGCAGGGAAGUACCUCUACGUGUAUGGGACUAUGGAUGAGGAUGGCUUUUAUGAAGGAGAGCUGCUGGAUGGACGGCGGGGCCUUGUUCCUUCUAAUUUUGUGGAUUUUGUCCAAGACGAAGGGAAAACAUCCGUCAAACAAAGGGACACAACAACAAAAGAACCUGGCUACCUCAACCACAGUAGCCUGGGACCUCAGAGACUGGGCACGCUGACAGGAACAGGAACGAGCAGCCUGCUGUCUGAUAGUAAAUUAGACUGUCUAAGCACCAGCAGCCUGAGCAUGGAUCUCUUAGGCUCCACUAGCAAUGGCACAGGAACCUUGGAUGUUAACAUAGAUGAGGUUGGUGAAGACAUUGUGCCUUAUCCCCGCCGCAUCAAUCUGAUUAAACAAUUGGCCAAGAGUGUUAUUAUUGGUUGGGACCCCCCAGUGGUCCCUCCAGGUUGGGGCUCCAUCAGUGGCUACAAUGUCUUGAUAGAUAAGGAGGUACGAAUGAGUGUGCCAUAUGGGGGAAGGACAAAGUCUCUUAUUGAAAAGCUCAACUUAGCCACCAAUACGUACCGGAUCUCGGUCCAGACCAUCACGGAGCGGGGGCUGUCAGAUGAGCUGCGCUGCACCCUCCUGGUGGGGAAGGAUGUGGUAGUGGCCCCCUAUUACCUGCGCGUGGACAGUAUAACACAGGUGUCGGCUGAGCUAUCGUGGAUGCCCAGCAAUAGCAACUACAGUCACACCAUCUUCCUCAAUGGAGCAGAGUACGACAUGGUGAAGGCGGGUGGCUAUAGGUACAAAUUUCUCAACCUGAAACCUAUGACAGUUUACAAGGUGAAAGUCGUGGCGCAGCCGCAUCAGGUGCCUUGGCAGCUUCCAUUGGAUCAAAGGGACAAAAGGGAAAUUUCUGUGGAAUUCUGCACUCAGUCUGCAGGGCCCCCGCUCCCACCGCAGGAGGUACAGGUCCUGUGUGGUCAAACGCCCGGGGUCCUGCAAGUCAGAUGGAAGCCCCCUCCACUGACGCCUUCAGGAACCUCUAAUGGGGCCAGUGUAAUUGGCUAUGCAGUGUGCACAAAGGGACAAAAGAUUGCAGAAGUCCUGUACCCAACAGCAGACUAUGUAACAGUGGAAUUAAACAGGCUUCAUUGUUUGGAGGCCCGAGAAGUUAUUGUAAGGACAUUAUCGACACAAGGAGAGUCUCAAGACUCUUCGGUGGCCAUAAUCCCACACAAUUUGUUAGGCUCUCCACACCUAUCACGUCGAAACAUUGCACCACCCCACCCAAUGCCCCAAACGCAGACACCCCCUGUGCACUCCCAGACUCACCCCCCUUAUCCUUCUACAUACCCUCCAAACCACCCUCAGCCUCAUGUGCAGCCGGUACCACGUGGCCAGCCUCACACUCUGCCACAUGCAGCACCGCACACACAGCCUGUACGACACCCUCACCCCCAGCCACACUACCAGCGCCAUGCUGUACCCACAUCAAAACCCUUACUAAGUGCCAGAGAGCCAGAAACCAAAGAGCACGAUGUUGGCUUACGACCUAGUCAGCCCUGGGAGCGCUGCCCCUCUCCUCUGCCCACAAUGCGCGGACACAAACUGGAGCCCCCGCACUUCCACUCCAACCGCUCACCAUCUCCACAGCGAAUCCUGCCUCAGCCUCAGGGAGUCCCCAUCCCAAACACCAUCGCUAAGGCCAUGGCCAGGGAAGCCGCCCAGAGGGUCUUUGCUGAAGGAAACCGGGUUGAAAAGAGGAACAUCUUUAGUGAGCGUGGUAUGCAUCCUGUUAACUCUGAUGAGGAGGAGGAUGGUUAUGACUCUCCUCAUGGCAAGAAGGAGGAAGCAUCUGUAGAUGAAUUUCUCAGAGGCUCUGAGUUGGGGAGGCAGCAUCAUCAUCACCACUACAGCCACAAUGAUGAGUACUACACAGAAAGCAGCCGGGGCUCUGACCUGUCUGACAUCAUGGAGGAAGAUGAGGAAGAGCUGUACUCAGAGAUGCAGUUGGAGGAGGGUCGCAGACGCAGCAUUAACUCUCACAACACUCUCAAGAUUGUCAACUCACCAACACAUGGAAACUCUGACCGCCUGGAUCCCUCAGGGAGGAGAGCGGUCCACAUCGGUACCCCCCCUCAGCGACGCCCCAUCCCGUCUAUUGAGAUCACCAUGGACAGUAACAGUGAGGGGAGUGAGGGGAACCUCUCACCUGGCAAGGAGGAUGUUAACUAUGGCAGUGUAGCUCGGCGCAGGAUAUGGCCACCUAUGUCCUCAGAGGAUCAAUAUGAUAGUUAUGGUGGACGCAGGCACAGCCGGGGACAUCGUUCUUAUGGGGAGGAGAUGGGUGAACUGACGCGAGUGUUUGUAGCUCUGUUUGACUAUGAUCCAAUGUCCAUGUCACCCAACCCUGAUGCUGCUGAUGAAGAGUUGCCUUUCAAAGAGGGUCAAAUCAUUAAGGUGUUUGGAAAUAAAGACAAGGAUGGCUUCUACCGAGCUCAAAUUCGGGACAGAGUUGGUGUAAUACCAUGUAACAUGGUUUCAGAGAUUCAGACAGAAGAUGAUGAAAUGAUGGGCCAGCUGCUCAAACAGGGCUUCCUUCCACUUAACACUCCUGUGGAGAAAUUAGUGAACUGUGACCGUUUCAGAGAUGGCCGCUCAAUAAAUCGCAGGUCCAGAAGGUCCAAGAGAGAGAGAUACAGACGAAGUGGUCGGCCAUAUCCCAUGUCAACCCGAAGAAUGGUAGCCCUCUAUGACUACGACCCAAGAGAGAGCUCACCUAAUGUUGAUGUGGAGGCUGAACUGACUUUUUGUGCAGGAGACGUCAUAACAGUUUUUGGUGAAAUAGACGAAGAUGGUUUUUACUACGGUGAACUUAAUGGACACAAAGGACUUGUUCCUUCCAACUUUCUAGAAGAAGUGCCUGAUGAUGUAGAGGUUUUUCUCACUGACUCACCAUCUCGUUACCCCCCAGACACUCCAGCUCGGAUAAAGACCAAAAGGAAGAAGAGUGUUCAUUUCACACCUUAAAGGCUCUAUUUCCUUCACGUAAGUGAGCAACUGAGGAUACCUCUAUAACACUCCCCUCGUCUAAUGCAGGUGCCCCUUACAUUUCUAGUAUACACCAUGUACAUUACAUUCCUUUUGCACUGUUUAGAUAAGUCUAACUCCCACUGUCUGCUGAUAGACUAAUCUAACCCUAGCCAAUGCAUUAGACAAGAAGUACGGUAUCUUCAGUUGUUUCUCUGAGUGUUGUAUAUGACAAUGUCCGUCCCCUACAAUGAGUCUCUUCCUGUAACUCAUGGGUUGCUGAAAGGCUGCAGGUGCACAUACAUUUAACCACUUUCUUUAAAGGUGAAUUUAGAUUUACAGUAAUUGUAGUGCUUUAGCAAGGUGCAAUUUCUGUUUGACAAAUUGUUUCAAAGUAUAAAAGGUUAAAGUUCAAUUGUGAAGAAACUUGUAAUUGGCAUUAUGAGCGUAUAUAUGUCGUAAACAUUUUGCACAUUCUUUUUUAAAUUGCAACGUGCAAUGUAUGGCCUUUUAGCUCAUGAUUACAGAAACAAAUAGUGACAUGUAGUUUCUCUAUAUCUCAGAUGUCUGUUUAAUACAAAUACAUAAUAACAGGUAUUUAGUAAAGUAAAGAAAAGUGAAUGUGAUAACUAUGUCCUAAUUGUCACAAUAUGCAAAUGUACCAGUUUUUGUGAGAGGAACUGCAUUGUCUUUGAUAGCCAUUGUUGGGAAAUGUGGUUACCCUAGAUGUGAAAAGUUAGUCCAAACAUGCUUCAACUCUGUGGUUUGUGUAGUGUCACCUGUGGUAGCUUCAUGACCCCUACUUAACUUCUGGAGCGAGGGAGGGGGGAGAUUUAAUUGCUAUAGCCCAUAAUGACGGACAGGACUGUGGAGGAGGGGAGUGGUUGCUUCAGGUGUUAAAUUAUUGACUUUUUAAUACACAUCAAUUGUCCCUUACGGGUUUCCCCAUCAGGUGCCCAAUGGAAAAAUCUGCUCUGCUUCCACUGUCUGCCCACCACUUCCCCGGGCCUGGCUCUGCCCGGCGGCACUUCGAAACAAGGAAAACAGCACUGCUCAAAAAGGGAAGGACCUAAUGCAUAGACUUGCACUUGUAAAAUAAGUCUGAUAUUCUAGAGUAUAGAUAGGGAUACAAAUUCUUCAUUUAUUUUUAAAGUGCAAUCUAAGAAUAUAAAAUAUUAUUGUAAA